AUGCUCUUCAUUCGACAAUGUGCAAAAUAUUUAAAAGAGAUGACAACAACCGAUCAAGCCAAAACUGCUCUUCUACAAUUUCCUUCUGCAUCUAUUCAAUUUAUAGCUGAUUCAAAUCAAUGUCAACAUCUAACCGAUGAAUGUAUUAAAUAUUUAACAUUAGAAGCAACUGGUGUUGUUCGAUUUUUAUUACAAGAUGCACUAAAAUUUACAAGAAAAUGUCGUCGAACAAAGAUGAUCACAGACGAUUUUGAAUCCGCAAUGAAAAUGCGAUAUUUCGAACCAAUUGUUGGAUUUCGUUUAUCAAAUGGAAAUUUACCAUUUAAAACAACAACAGCAACUGGCUCAAGUCAUCGAGAAGUUCAAUGUAUUGAUGAUCAUGAAUUACAACUUGAUCAAGUUAUUACUGCACCAUUACCAAAAGUACCUUUAGAUAUUUCUCUACGAACUCAUUGGCUUGCAAUUGAAGGUAAACAACCAACAAUAAAUGAAAAUCCAGAAAUUAUUUCAAAAGCUGAUCUAACUGCUGAUUCAUUAGAUCCUAUGAAAUCAUUAACAAAAAAACGAUAUAAUCUUGAUGCAUCAAAAAUUAAAACUUCAAAUCCACAUGAACUUUCAUUGGUAAGAUAA